AUGCAAAUCAUGAUUGGAGUUCCUCUGAAGAACCAGGAGCUGGAGGACAUAGUCAUCUACCUCAGCACUCUCGGGAAGCAGAAUGCCAUCACCACAGAUGCCAUCCUCAGCACCUACAAGCAAUGGGCACAGACCCAGCAGAGAGAGACCGUGCCCAUUGCCAGAGAGUAUUACAGGUUAUAUAUAAAGAAAACUUCCGUGAAGCACAUCUCAGACAAGCAGGAUGUCUCAUACCCGCAGACUCCCAAGAUGGACCUGCUGAAGGUGCCUGAGGUUGAUACAAAGAUGGAGGGGCGGCCUAUGACAGAGGAGGACAUGGAGGAUGUGGGCAGGCGUUACCGUGAGAGGCGAAGGAAGAACAAGCUCUGUCUUCCCUCCAUCCAAUACAUGGAGCGCUGCCGGCUGGUUCGAUCUGGGGUAAAAGCCUUUGAUGAGCACUGCCUGCCAUCCACCCUUUCUGGGGAGAUGGAGGAGCUGAUUAAUGUGAACCGCAGGAAUGACUUCCUGAUCUACCUGAAGUGCUGGGAAGUCUGCAAGGCCUACAAGCUCCCGCUGACUGAGGACAUCCUCAUGAGAGCACUACUGUAUCCAGGAGACAAGUUAAUUACUAUGAAACACGAAGUCCGCCCGAUCCGGCAACCUGGAGGCUAUUACAUAGACCAGAGGCUUGGUUGCAGUAUGGCUGAGUUUGGGGACCGCUGCCACCAGAACCUUGGGGAAAGGAAGACAGACAAGAAAACAACAGAGAAACUCAAGAAAAUGAACUUUCAGGAAUUCCAGGAAUUUACUUGGAACCUGGAGGAGAAGGGGCGCAGCAGUCUGUCCGGCCCCCACCCCAAUAACUUCUGGCCAGGUCACCUUCUGGACAAGCUGCGGCUCUACCUGCCCUCUGUGGCCAAGGACAAGAGUCUUGCAAUCUUCAACUUUGUAGAACACGGGUACCAUGGCCAUGCUUACCCUGCCAGUUACCAGCCUAGGGACUGGUGGCCCAUGAGAGACAAUUCUUAUGUUACCUAUGCCUACCACGAUGCACACAAGGUGUACUUCCUUAACUAGAGUGGCCUGCGGUGUGCUGGACCAGGGGCCCGCAACUGCAGACAUGAGAUGUCAAAGAGCCAUACAAAAGCAUUCCCAGGGAAGGUCUGGGGCUGUGUCCCCUGAUGCCACAGUCUCUCGUGCCUGGGAGUAUGGAUGUGUCCAGACCCACCCAUGGUGUGUUUUCUACCCUGUCAUGACCUCUGCCCUUUUAAAAUAAACCAGUUUA